AUGUCUUUCACUAAUAAGUCUCAUGUUGUUACAUUGUUGUUUGUUAUUUCUUCUAUUCUUGUUCUUUUUGUGUCAGCUUUAGAUUUUUCAAAUGUUCCAGCAGAAGCACCAAGUUCGGGUGAAGACGGCUUCUUACCUCUAGCCAAGAAACAUGUUGUAAUCCGCAAUAAAGUUAGAAACAGAGAAACUUUGGAUGUACAUUGUCAUUCUCGUGAUGAUGAUUUGGGAUUGAUCCAUAUCCCUUGGAAUCAAAGUUGGGAUUUUAGAUUUCAUGUUAACAUUUGGAAAAGGACAAAAUUUGUUUGUCAAUUUUCAUGGCUCGGAGGCGGAACUCAUUUCUUUUCAAUAUUUAAAGUAUCAAGAGAUGAUAGUAUAAUUGGAUAUCCCGUUUGUCAAGAAUGUAUUUGGGAGGUGGGUAAGUAUCAUAACGACACUAUUUGUCGUAUCAAUAGUGAUGGAUCAUUGCCUUUCUGUUUUAAAAUGGGCGAUCAUUUUUAA